GGGAUCUUGGUGCUGUGUAGAAAAGAAAAGAAAAAAACAAACACAAACAAAAACACGAGGACCUGGGUGUCUGAGGGAAAAGGCGCGUGCUGCCCCCAUGCCACCCCCGCACCCUGCAGUCCCUGAUCCCCUGCCCCUCCCGGGUGCCCACACGCCAGGUUUUGUAACCUUUCCGGGCCGGAGCCGAUUGUGUGUGUGUGUGAGUGUGUGUGUGUGUGUGUGUGUAUGCGUGCGCGCGCGCGUGCGGGGUUUCCUGUGGAGAAGCAGACACGCAGCCGUUGCGGCCGGGGCUGGAGGGUCCAUGGCGUGGUGCACACGUCCUCCUGCCCCGUGGCCGCACACAGGACCCGAGCCGCGUGGCGCGCUCGCUCGUGGGCUCGGAAGGUGCGUGCGUUCGGGGCGGCUCGGGGUGGAGCGAUGAUGACUUGUCACGGCCAGGAAGGCGGCCUGGGCGCCGGCGGCGAUGCUAAUUUCCUGUGGUAGUGUCGAGAACUGCGUGUUCUCUCGCCGCUGAGGUGGCUUUUAUGAAAGUUACAAAUUACAAUACUGUGGUGGAAACAAAUUCAGAUUCAGAUGAUGAAGACAAACUCCAUAUUGUGGAAGAAGAAAGUAUUACAGAUGCGGCGGACUGUGAAGGUGGUGUGCCAGAAGACGAGCUGCCAACAGACCCGACGGUGCUGCCAGGCCGCGUAAAAGAUGAUGAAUGUGACUCAGAUGCAGAAAAUGAACAAAACCACGAUCCUAAUGUUGAAGAGUUCCUGCAACAACAAGAUACAGCCGUCAUUUAUCCUGAGGCGCCUGAAGAAGACCAGAGGCAGGGGACGCCAGAAGCCAGUGGUCAAGAUGAAAACGGAACACCGGAUGCAUUCUCCCAGUUGCUCACCUGCCCAUAUUGUGAUAGAGGCUACAAACGCUUUACCUCUCUGAAAGAACACAUUAAGUAUCGCCAUGAAAAGAACGAAGACAACUUCAGUUGCUCCCUGUGCAGUUACACCUUCGCCUACAGAACCCAGCUUGAACGUCACAUGACGUCACACAAAUCGGGGCGAGAUCAGAGACAUGUGACACAGUCUGGGGGUAAUCGUAAAUUCAAGUGCACUGAAUGUGGAAAAGCUUUCAAAUACAAGCACCACCUAAAAGAGCACUUAAGAAUUCACAGCGGAGAGAAGCCAUAUGAAUGCCCAAACUGCAAGAAACGUUUUUCCCACUCUGGUUCCUAUAGCUCCCACAUAAGCAGUAAGAAAUGCAUCAGUUUGAUGCCUGUGAAUGGGCGGCCACGGGCAGGGAUCAAGACCAGUCAGUGUUCCUCCCCGUCUCUGUCGGCAUCCCCAGGCAGUCCCACCCGACCACAGAUACGGCAGAAGAUAGAGAAUAAACCCCUUCAAGAACAACUUUCCGUAAACCAAAUUAAAACUGAACCUGUGGAUUAUGAAUUCAAACCCAUUGUGGUUGCUUCAGGAAUCAACUGUUCAGCCCCUUUACAAAAUGGGGUUUUCAGUGGUGGUGGCCCAUUGCAGGCGACCAGUUCUCCUCAGGGUGUCGUGCAAGCUGUUGUUCUGCCAACAGUUGGUUUGGUGUCUCCCAUCAGUAUCAAUUUAAGUGAUAUUCAGAAUGUACUCAAAGUGGCAGUAGACGGUAAUGUAAUAAGGCAAGUUUUGGAAAAUAAUCAAGCCAAUCUUGCAUCCAAAGAACAAGAAGCAAUCAGUGCUUCGUCCAUACAACAAGGUGGCCAUUCUGUGAUUUCUGCCAUCAGUCUUCCUUUGGUUGAUCAAGAUGGAACAACCAAAAUCAUCAUUAACUACAGCCUUGAGCAGCCCAGCCAACUUCAGGUUGUUCCUCAAAAUUUGAAAAAAGAAAACCCAGUCCCCACAAACAGCUGCAAAAUUGAAAAGUUGCCAGAAGAUCUGACUGUCAAAUCUGAGAAGGACAAAAGCUUUGAAGGAGGAGCCAAUGAUAGCACUUGCCUUCUGUGUGACGACUGUCCAGGCGAGCUGAAUGCACUUCCGGAACUCAAGCACUAUGACCUGAAGCAGCCGGCACAGCCUCCUCCGGUCCCCGCCCCAGAAGCCGAGGAGGCCGAAACCUCUGUCCCAGCAGGCGCUGCAGACGGCAGCUUGUCUCCCAGUCACCCACCUUUAAAGAACCUCCUGUCUCUUCUCAAAGCAUACUAUGCUUUGAAUGCCCAGCCGAGCGCAGAAGAGCUCUCAAAAAUCGCAGAUUCAGUAAACCUACCACUGGACGUGGUGAAAAAGUGGUUUGAAAAGAUGCAAGCUGGACAGAUUUCAGUGCAGUCUUCUGAACCAUCUUCUCCGGAACCAGGCAGAGCCAAUGUCCCUGUGAAGACCGAGGAUCAGCCUCAACCUGCAAAUGAAAAUGAAGCCCAAGAUGGCACACAAAGUCUGCCGAGUCCUCUGAAGAAGACGGACUCUCCGGUUCCCCCCACGGGACCAGCCGUCAAUGGUUCUAGAAGCAGUACCCCACCCCCGUCCCCUCUCAACCUUUCCUCAGCCAAGAAUUCACAGGGUUACUCCUACACAGCGGAAGGUGCACCAGAAGAGCCCCAAGUGGAACCUCUUGAUCUUUCACUACCAAAGCAACAGGGAGAAUUAUUGGAAAGGCCAACCAUCACCAGUGUUUACCAGAACAGUGUUUAUUCUGUCCAGGAGGAACCCUUGAACUUGUCAUGUGCAAAAAAGGAGCCACAAAAGGACAGUUGUGCUACAGACUCAGAACCAGUUGUAAGUGUAAUCCCACCAAGUGCCAACCCCAUAAAUAUCGCUAUACCUACAGUCACUGCCCAGUUACCCACAAUCGUGGCCAUCGCUGACCAGAACAGUGUUCCAUGCUUAAGGGCACUGGCUGCCAAUAAGCAGACUAUUCUGAUUCCCCAGGUGGCUUACACGUACUCAGCCACCGUCAGCCCUGCCGUCCAGGAGCCACCCUUGAAAGUCAUCCAGCCAAAUGGAAAUCAGGAUGAAAGGCAAGACACUAGCUCAGAGGGGGUAUCUAACGUAGAGGAUCAGAAUGACUCUGAUUCUACGCCACCCAAAAAGAAAAUGCGAAAGACAGAAAAUGGAAUGUAUGCAUGUGACUUGUGUGAUAAGAUAUUCCAGAAGAGUAGCUCGUUGUUGAGACAUAAAUAUGAACACACAGGCAAAAGACCUCACGAGUGUGGGAUCUGUAAAAAGGCCUUUAAACACAAACAUCAUUUGAUUGAACACAUGCGACUGCACUCUGGAGAGAAGCCCUAUCAAUGUGACAAAUGCGGAAAGCGUUUCUCGCACUCCGGGUCCUACUCUCAGCACAUGAACCACCGCUACUCGUACUGCAAGAGGGAGGCGGAAGGGCGCGAGAGCGCCGAGCCGGAGGAGGCGGGGCCGGACGCCCUAAGGAGUGAGCCCGUCGGGGCCCCUGCCUCGCCCUCCCAGGCCGACUCUGAUGAGAGGGAGAGUCUGACGAGGGAGGAGGAGGAAGAGAGCGACAAAGAGGAAGAAGAGGAGGAAGACAAGGAGAUGGAGGAAUUACAGGAUGCAAAGGAAUGUGAGAAACCGCGAGGGGAUGAGGAAGAGGAGGAGGAGGAAGAGGAUGUGGAAGAGGAAGAAGUGGAAGAGGCAGAGAAUGAGGGAGAAGAAGCAAAAACUGAAGGUCCAAGGGAGGAGGCCGGGGCUGUGAGUGAAGCAGGCGGCUUCGAACAAAAAGUGAGCGAGGGUAGCGAGCAAGUGUCCGAAGAGAGAACGAACGAAGCCUAGUAGUUUUUCUAGAAGGAAAAUAAAUUCUAAGCGGUAAUGAAGUUUGUUCUGUAUUAUCCAUGCUUUUCAUGGAAGCACAGUGGCCUGUCUACUGUGAUUCCUGUUCACUACUGUGUAAAGUAAAAACAGCAACAAAAAAAAAUAUAUACAAAAAAAAAACCCACAAAAAAACACACAAAAAAAAAUAUCCGGGUGUGCCUGAACCUCAGACCUAGUAAUUUUUCAUGCAGUUUUCAAAGUUAAGAACAAGUUUGUAAAAAUGAAGCAGAUUAGAAAACUUUAAUGACUCAGAAAGCAAAGAUGUAACAGGUUAAAGGAAACUGAUUAAUUAGAUAAGCAUCUGGCGUUGUUUCAUUUUAUCAGUAUUAAUUAUCACUUAUGUUGGUUUAUUCUUAAGCUGUACAAUUGGGAGAAAUUUUAUAAUUUUAUAUUGGUAAACAUAUGCUAAAUCCGCUUCAGUAUUUUAUUAUGUUUUUUUUAAAAUGUGAGAACUUCUGCACUACAAAAUUCCCUUCACCGAGAAGUAUAAUGCAAUUCCAAACCAUGCGAACUACCUUUGAUAAAUUCAAUCUAGAAGGUAGUGAUUUCUAAUACUUAGAUGUCGUAGUAGAGCAUAUUAUCUUUUAAAGUGUAUUGUUAGCCUUAAGAAAGCAGCCGGUAGAAGAACUAAAGUUUCUUACGUGAUUGCAGAUGGAGUUGAGGAGACGGUCGCGGAGUCGUGACUGCAGGGACUAACCGUGUUACCGCUGGUGCGGCCAGGGAAGUCGUCAGAAUCAGUGUUUGUCAUUGUGUUUGCGUUUGUGGUCACCGAGUUGAAGGAUACGAGACGCAGCUGUGCGUCUCCUUUGGCCUUAAGCAAGACCUGUGUGCUCUCAGUGCCAUUUCUCAGCGUUCUCCAGGCUCUCCCCGCCUGCCCUCAGCGCGUGGCCUACAAUAACUAGCAUUUGUUGACUUGUUUGCUGCAUCAGAAUUCCCAAAUAAAGCUUAAAACCACUGACUCUGUCAGAGAAACCGAAACACUGGGACAUUUCAUCCUUUAAUUCCUCAGUAUUCAUUCUGCGUUAAUUGACUUCCACGAUUUCUCUAACAUGAACGAAAGGGAAAUUUUCUAAUCUGCUUUAUCCAUGUACUUGCAUUUCAGACAUGGACAUGCCAUUGUUAUUUGGCUCAUAACUGUUUCCAAAUGUUAGUUAUUAUGGACCCAGUUUAUUAACAACAUUAGCUGGUUUUUACCUAUCAGUAUUAUUUUAUUUCUUUUAGUUUAUAGCUCUGUGCAACAUUUUUGUACUGUAUGUCUUCAAACCUGGCAGUAUUAAUACCCUUCUUACUGACAUAUGUACUUUUAGUUUUAGAAAACUUUUAUAUUUAUGUGUCUUAUUUUUAUAUUUCUUUAUUUAUUACACAGUGUAGUGUAUAAUACUGUAGUUUGUAUUAAUACAAUAAUAUAUUUUAGUAUGAAAAUUUGGAAAGCUGAUAAGAUUUAAAGUAGAGAUGCAAUUGGUUGUCUUGCAUUGAGAUUUGAUUUAACAGUGUUCUGUUAACAUUUAUACUUGCCUUGGACUGUAGAACAGAAUUUAAAUGGGAAUGUAUUAGUUUUACAACUACAAUCAAGUCAUUUUACCUUUUCCCAGUUUUUAAUAUAAAACUCUUAAAUUUUGAAAUUCACUGUGUGACUAAUAGCAUGAGCCUCUACAGUUUUAUUAAGAGAUUAGCCUAACCGUAAACCUCUCAUUUCCUUAGUAAGCCAAAUUAGGAUUACCUUAUAUAAACAGUGUUGGGAACAAUGUUUAACAUUUUGUGCCAAUUUGUUCCUGUACUCAUGUAUGUAAGUUACAAAUCUGACUCUUCAUUUUUAAGUUCCUUGUCACACCAUGGUCAUUUUCUAGUUUUUUACCAGAUUCCCCCAUCUCACAAUAAAAUGCAUCAACAAGCCUGACCUGCUGUCAUUCUUUUACUCAUUAUCAAAUUUUCCUUUGGAAAGCUCUGUGAAAUAGGGUGUGGCACUGUCAUCUGCACUUGAUCCAUCCCAAGCUGCGCUGUGGGUGACACUGAAUGUUCGAGACACUCACCACUCCCUGGCGGGUUUUCUUGUGGCUGUAUGUUUCUGGAGAGGUCAGAGCUGACCAGGGCAGGCCUCCUCAGGGGUCAUUCCUUCUUCCUGCACCCUUACCCUCUAGCCUUCUCUCAAGCCCGGGACUGCUCACCCUUCGGGGCACUUCAGGGAAGCCAGGUCUGAAUGCCCACCUCUGUGCCCCACAGCUCCCCGCACCUCUCAUGUUCCUUCUCCAGAAAUGGGAACUAUGGCUGCUGUGGUUGCUCUUAUACCCCCGCUGCAUAGCAGAUGCCUGGGCACUGGCUGUUAUAACCGACAAAUGUUGAAUAAAGUUAUAAUUUGCAUGUUUAUGGAGCUCAGCUAUGCUUCCAUUACUUUCUUUUUGCUUCUAAUCCCAGAAUAUAUAUGUAAAGUGACUCCAGGAAUGGAAUGAUUUUUUCUUACUCAAGUCUUAAUGAAACUAGGCAAAAUAGCUAUAAUAAAUGAUCCUUCCUUUCUUA